CGCCGCCCGCGGACGACCCGCAGCCCGUGCAGCCGCUCAUUCCGCUCUCCCCGCCCCCGGUUCCGCCGCCCCCUCCGCUUCCGCACCAGCGGACCUCUCCGGCAGCACCGCGGCAGUGGCGGAGGGCGGAAGCAGCGGCGCAAACAGCAGCGAGGGCGGGAGCAGCGAGGGGAGCAGCGGCGGGAGCAGCGGCGGGAUGAGCAUGGGGGUAUACAUUGGGAUUGCCGCGGGAGGCGCGCUGCUUGUGAUUCUGGCGGCGACAAUUAUCGGCUACUGCUGCUGGUGGCGCCCCAAGCAAUCCCGCGCGCGCGCAGCAGCGUACAAGGCAAUACGGAGCAACAAGGACCUCACUCCGCCCCCCGCAAGCAAGUCUAAAAGCAAGACGCGGAGCCCCUCAGCGGGCGGAGAAGCCGGGGGAGGCGCUGGUGGAGCAGCAGCGGCGGUGGCGGGCGCAGCAGCGGGCGCAGCGGCAGGGGCAGCAGUGGCGGGUGCUGGUCGGAGCUCCUCUAAGAAAAAAUCGCCUUCUAAGCGUCAUUCUCCGUCCAAGCACCACCGUAUCGAUAUCGAGUCUGGCAAUAACGGGACGAGUGGGAACCACAAUGGUAGUGGUUACCACUCGGGUUACCACGCCGUUGACGUGCCUCCUGUAACGGUCGUGGAGCUCCCUUCCGAGCCUGCCCUGCGCUCAGGUCCGGCGGAAUCCGCGGCUGCAGCCUCGGCAGUGAGUGCCACAGGUGCGGCAGCCGGAGCUGCGAUCGCAGGUUCGGGAAGCAAGAGCAAGGGCAGGUCCGGCAAGUCCCACUCCCCUUCCCCCAAGAAAGACAGCCCUAGGAGCACUCUUAACGCGGAUAAGGAGAGUGUUGGAUCGUCGCCACGUGGCGACCAGCACGAUCCAACGGGUGCUGGUGGCUCUGCUGCUGUUGGUGCUUUAGGCUCCCGUUCGUUUGGCAGUGGCAGAAGCGGCAGCGAUCGAAAGGCAGUCGCUGCUGCUGCUGCUGUUGCCGCUGCUUCUGGUUCGAGGAGGAGUCCCCAGACCUCUCCACACAAGGCUCGGCCGGAGAGUCCCCGAGCCAGGAAGCCAGGCUCGGGAGCAGCCGAGCCAGAGGCUGUCCCGGGCCGGGAUGGAUCGAGACGAGAGAAGACCGCGCCUAAGACGGAGAGAGCCGGGCACCAGCAGAGCAAGAGCCCUGAGACCAGCCCGUCACCCAAGGGGAAUAAGGACGGUCAACCAGGCGGGCCAACAACGACAGUGCCAAUGCUGCUGUUGGGAAUGGUGCUGCUGGUGGUGAUGGUGGUGCUGGUGCUGGUGCUAGUGGUGGUUCGCUGGCGCAUGAAGUGCCUCCGCCUGCCAUUCCCCCCUCGGCUCCGCGCAACCGGGACAGCACACCCCCGCGCAUGCCCUCCUGGUCCCGCUCCGGUAACCGUAACUCCCCCUCGCCCGGCGGUGGUAACCACCGGUCCUCCUCGCCGAACCGAGGCUACCACGGGACGCCGCCCAAGCCAGCCGAACCUGUGCCGAUCCUCCGGGAGGAGGGGAUCCCCACAGUGGUGGAAAUCCCGGUGGAUUCUGAUGAGAAUCAAAUCAAAUCUGGAGGAUCUAACCGGCCGGGUGCUGAUCCCUCCUGCCGUCCCAAUCCCCCAGCUGAAAUCUAUGGCUGGGGCUGGGCCUAGGAGGCAAGGGAGAAGGGGAGGGGGAAUGGGGGAGGAUGACGUGUCACCCGCUCCCCCGCCGAACGCCAUGAGGCGGAGUGGGCCGGGGAAGGGAAGGGGGAGGGGGCAGGUGCUGGCGCGGGUAUGGGGGCUGGGACGGCGUCAGUUACCCCCAAGUAUGGGGCGGCGGGGAGAGCGCUUAGACAGUCGGAAGUAUGGGAGCGGAAGGGGCUCGGGGGGAGCGGGAGGGGGAAUGGGCGGAAGAGGGGGGGUGUGGAUUCCCCCAUCAGGCGGAUCAGGAGGGGGAGCUGACGUGGCACCAGAGGCAUCAGAUGACGUGGCAGGGGAUGGGAGCGGCGUUGAGAGGUUCUUCACUGUUGCUGAGCUGUCACUGGCGACCAAUGAUUUCGGGCGGCAGUCUCAGCGAAAUGUUUUGGGCACGGGCAGGGACGGCUCGGUGUACAAGGCUCGGCUGCCCGACGGGACGACAGUGGCAGUGAAGCGACUUACCCAGAGAAACCUGGACCAAACUGCGCGGGAGUUCCGGUUCGAGGUGGAGUCGCUGAGCCACGCCCGGCACCCGAACCUGGUGGCGCUGCUGGGGUGCUGUGCGGAGGAGGAGGAGCGCAUGCUCGUGUAUGAGUUUGUGCCCAACGGCUCUCUGGAGGCGUGGCUGCACCAGAGCAGCAACAUGGAGCCCAUCGACUGGCCCAUGCGCAUGCACAUCGCCAUCGGCUGCGCUCGAGGUCUGGCUCACCUGCACGAGGGCCUUGACCUGAAGUGGAACCCCAAGCUAGGAGACUUUGCCAUUGCCAAGGUCAUGGGCCGCGACCAGAGCCACGCCGCCACACGUGUCGUUGGGACCUUCGGAUACGUGGCUCCAGAGUACAUGAACACCGGGCUGCUGACUGAGCGCAGUGACGUCUACAGCUUCGGCGUGCUGCUUCUUGAGGUCAUAUCCGGAAGAAAGCCGAUCGACAAUGGAGCUCCUCCAGACGAGAUGGAUCUGGUGAAGUGGGCGAAGAAGCUGAGCUCUCAGGAGCGGCUGAUUGAGAUUGUUGACCCCCGGCUGCAAGGCCUGGUGUCUCCCGAUGAUGCCGAGUACGUGCUCGGCAUCGCCAUGCGCUGUGUGGAGACCAACGCCCUCAAGCGGCCUCGCAUGACCCAGAUCGUCCACAUGCUGGAGAGUGAAGACCCCAAGCAGAGGGAUGACUGGGUGGCUCGAAGACCUAGCCCUGUGAGUGCCAGGUCACUGACAGUCCGAGAUCCAAGCCCCAGCUAUGCCAAUGGCAACAUGACUGCACCCGGCCGGUCCGAAUCCAGCAGGGCGAGCCCACGACCGCUCUACUCCAACGGCAGGACAGACUCCCUCCGCUCUCUCAGCCCGCGUUGCUCCCUUGCUGCAUCCAGCCCAGGGGCGCCUGAUGUCGGUGCCCUCAUUGCCAAUGCUGCCAUGAGGUCAAGCCCGAGAGCACUGAGCCCACCACCACAACGGCCGAGUCCUGGAGCUCCAAAGGGGGCUUCCCCUAGGUUCAUGAGCCCCCGAGCAGCGAGCCCGAGGUAUUGCUUCUCCCAAUGCUGAUGCGGCUAAUAUCAUUGCAAGUCAUGCGAUGAGCAUCAAUGCGCAACGAAGGCCGGGGUCAUGGAGUAGGAGGUAGGUGCCCUUGCUUUUGUAGAGUAGAUGCGAGAUAAACUGGUUGAGUGCUUUUCAUCAGCUCUACCUCGUUGCAUGGCCUUACAAAUGUGACUAACUAAUCAUCCUCGGGAAAACUACUAGAAGAAAAAGACAUAAUCCUGAACACCAGUCUUAGUUCUGC